GCUAUUUAUACCCCACACCAAAAGGCUAAUUAUUAACCUCCUGAGAUGCUUGCAACUGAUAUGCAAUUCUUCUGUUCGUUUGUCUUUACUUUUAGAACGGACUGGGAUCGGUGGUUGGUGAUGGGCAUCAUUGGAAUAGUAGUAGGAACACUGGGCUUCCUGAUCCAUCAAAUCAUUGAUUAUCUCAUCAAACUGAAAUGGGAACUGGUGGAGAAUUAUAUUCAGAAAGGCAGCUUUCACAUGACUUGGAUCUGCAUCCUGGGAAUUGGACUGGCUAUGAUCAUUUUAUCAUCAGGACUGGUGGUGUUCUUUUGUCCAACAGGUUCUCCAAGUGGGUUACCAGAAGUCAUUGGCUUUCUGAAUGGAGCCUCUAUUCAACACAUUUUUAAUAUCAGGACUUUUGUGGGAACGUUUGGCUCGUGUGUUUUAGCUGUGGCUUCUGGACUGUUCUGUGGACCAGAAGGACCCAUGAUUCAUUUGGGUGCAAUAAUAGGGUAUGGAUUGAGCCAGUGCAAGCUAAAGAUCCUUGGAAUUCCUCUCCCCUCCUUCACCAGAUUUUGGAACACAGCUGACAAAAGGAAUUUUGUUACAGCUGGUGCAGGAGCAGGGAUUGCCUCCGUAUUUCAUGCUCCAGUGGGUGGACUUCUAUUUACGCUAGAGGAGGUGGCCUCUUUCUGGGAUAUCAAAUUGGCCUGGCAAACCUUCUUCUGCUGCUUGAUGGCUGCCUUUACUACGGAUUUACUCUCCUCUUCUCUCUGUGGGUUUGUCUACAGGGGUCAAUUUGGAUUUUUCAAAGCAGAGAAGAGGAUUUUAUUUUGGGUUAAGAACUUACUGGAUAUGAGCGUUUUGGCUUUUGUUCCAGCCAUUUUCCUGGGAAUACUUGGGGGCCUUCUGGGCGCUUUCUUUGUUUUCCUGAAUAUAAAGAUUAAUACAUUACGUAUGUGGUUCUUCAGCACAAUUCCAAAAUCAUCCCUCAGAAAAGCAACCAAGGUCUUAGAAUCAGUGCUGGUCCUUGUUUUGACCAUUACUGCUACUGUCUACUUGCCAUACUUCUUUCACUGUACUCCAGUCAAGAACCUGCCAACCUUUGAUCCGGCUAAUAAGUUACAAAACUUAAGCCAUGCUGGAUGGCAGAUUUCAGAAUAUAAUUGUCCACCGGCAACACUACAGAUUGGGCCAGAUGUAGUGAACUACUCCAACCAAACCUUUAAUGAAGCUGCUGCCCUCUUGGCUGAGAGUGGUAUGAGAGGAAUCAUGUACUUAUUCAGACGUGGGACUCAUGAGGAAUUUGGAUAUGCCUCUCUUUUUACAGCACUGCUGUUCUACUUCUUGUUGUCUUGCUUGACUGCAGGCUCUGCUGUUGCGAGUGGUUUGGUUAUACCUAUGCUGUAUACAGGAGCAUUAUAUGGCAGGAUCGUUGGUUUGAUAUUGGUUUCCAUUUUUGGGAUCCAGACUGAUGAACGUGGUGCAUGGGUUGAUCCAGGACUGUUUGCUGCAGUUGGAGCUGCUUCUUUCUUCAGUGGUGUUUCAAGGCUAACAAUCUCCCUUACAGUUAUAAUGGUAGAGAUCACAAAUGAUGUACAGUCCUUGCUACUCAUCAUGCUGGCUGUCAUGUUAGCCAAAAUGGUUGGUGACUGGUUUAACACGUCUCUGUACAGUUCUUUACUGAAGCUGAAAUGCAUUCCCUACUUAGAUGCUGAGCCAUUUGUCUGCCAUAGGAAAAAUGGGUUGAACCUGGAAUUGUUUGCUGCCAGAGAUGUCAUGAAGCUUCACGUCAGAGUUCUCCAUUUAAAAGAAAACAUUGCUUUCUUGGCUCAGCUCCUUGCCAACACUCGCCAUAGCGGAUUCCCAGUGGUUUACAAAUCUAAGCCAGAUCAGGCAGAGGUGUUCCUGGGAACGAUUACUAGGUUUGAACUCUGUGUACUAAUGGAAAAUGAAAACAUAUUUGAAACUGAGGCUGUGGACAACUCUGAAUCCUACCCAUCUCUUCUUUCUUACCAGAAGAUCAGAGUUGAAAAAUUGCCUGAUCAGCAACAGAUGACCAUUAUGUUGGGUCGCUAUAGUACAGAUCCUCAAUAUCAGCAACUGUUCAUCAAUCUGGAACCCUACAUCAACAAAUCAGCAGUGUCAAUUCAAGCUCAUUUCUCACUGCAGCGGACAUACAUCAUCUUUCGGUCCCUGGGCCUUCGCCACCUGACAGUUGUUGAUUUGCAGAACCAGGUUGUUGGCAUUAUCACCAGGAAAGACCUGAUAUCUUUCCAGCUGGAAGAGAAGCUGGGACUCGAGCAGGCAUUGCAGCAGCCUCACUCUGAUGAUGAGCUUUUAGACUAGGAAAUGACAGUAGAGGCUGGUGGCUCUGAUUUCAGUAAGGCUAUGAAUCCAUUCUAGUUUUCAUUCAGAACCAAUCAUAACGCUAAAGGAGUUAUCCAAGGUGCUGGGGUCAGGGGUCAGCACCUUGGAUAGCUCCUUUAGAGUUCUGGCUGGUUCUGGUUGAAACCCAGAAUGGAUUCAUAGCCCCACUUAAAACCAAGCCACUGGUCUCUACUGGGAAGGGAUCUGAAUGGGGAAUGCAGAGUUUCUCAAGCCU